AUGUCGAGCAAAGUUUCUGCAAGUUCAUUAACUUCGCCACGACAAUUAAUUGAGUUCACAUUUUUAUUAUUAAAUUCUCCUAAAUUAAAUAGUUUAAAAAAUUUUAUAUUUAUUUUAGUGUUAUAUCGUUAUGGUUCCUUUUUAUUAAAUAAAAUUGCUGUUCAAGGAGUACGUCGUACCCUCGGAGAUAUUUAUCGUAUUAUUGGUGGUGCAAUUUUAAGAUUAAUAACGAGUGCACCUGGUGCGAGAAGUAAACUUCAAUCUGAAAUUAAUAAAGCCAUAACAGAAAUGGAAGCUAAAAUUGCCCCAAAAGAACCUGGCGUACCAAGAUAUCUUGCAUUACCUGAUGUUGGUUUUAAUGAUGCACAAUUAAGAGAUGAAUUAAAAAGAUAUCAGGAUAUGUCUAAUGAUAUAAAGUGGGAAGAAGGUCGGGUAUCUGGUGCAGUGUAUCAUGGAGGCGAGGAUCAUUCAAAAAUACUUAAUGAGGCGUAUUCAAUGUUCUCUGUAAGUAAUCCUUUGCAUCCUGAUGUAUUCCCUGGUGUAAGAAAGAUGGAAGCCGAAGUUGUCGCGAUGGUGCUUAACAUGUAUCAUGCACCUGAAAGUGCUGGAGGUACCACCACUUCAGGUGGUACAGAGAGCAUUUUUAUGGCAUGUAAAACAUAUCGCGAACGGGCAAGGAAAGAGAAAGGGAUUUCUGAACCUGAAAUGGUGGUUCCAGAAACUAUACACGCAGCGUUCGAUAAAGCAGCCGGUUAUUUAGGAAUUAAAAUUAUAAAAAUUCCAAUUGAUCCUAGCGAUUACCGUGUUGAUACCAAAGCUGUUAGCAGAGCAGUUAAUAAAAACACUAUCAUGAUUGCAGGUUCAGCACCAAAUUUUCCACAUGGAAUAAUUGACGAUAUUCCUACAUUAGCAGCAAUUGCCAAAAAAUAUGAUAUAGGAAUGCAUGUUGAUUGCUGUUUGGGUAGCUUUUUGGUGCCAUUUUUAGAAGAAGCAGGGUAUCCUGCUCAACCUUUUGAUUUCAGAGUCAAUGGAUAUGGGUUUGCACCUAAAGGUUCUUCAGUGAUCAUGUAUCGCACAAAAAGCCUUCGCAAAUACCAAUAUUUCUUUUGCCCUGAAUGGACAGGAGGAAUCUAUGCUUCACCCACAGUUGCCGGAUCACGCCCUGGUGCAUUGAUUGCCGGAUGCUGGGCAUCUUUAAUGAGAAUGGGAAAGCUUGGUUAUAUUGACUCCACAAAAAAGAUUGUAGGAUGCGCAAAAAAGAUUGAAACUGGCAUUCGCCAAAUGGAAGAUCUAUUUGUGUAUGGCAAACCACUUGUAUCGGUGGUAGCCUUCGGAUCAAAAACGCUCAAUAUUUAUGAACUUAGUGAUAAAAUGUCGGCUAGAGGAUGGAAUUUAAAUUCGUUGCAAAAUCCACCAGCACUUCAUAUCGCAUGUACACUGCUUACAGUACCUCAUGCAGAACAAUUUUUGCAGGAUCUUAAGGAAUCAAUUAAAGAGAUUAAAGAGUCUGAUCCAAAUAGAAAACUUUCCGGAAAUGCCGCCAUGUAUGGAAUGGCGGCUAGUUUACCGGACAAAUCGAUUGUAAAUGAGGUCGCUUGCGGAUACUUGGAUGCAUUGUAUUCCGCGUGA